CUACUAUAAUGCACAGCAAUGAUUCACUAGAGUCCAGCAGACAGUGAGUGUCCGUCACACACAUCUGGGGGUCUGUAGAUCCACGGACAGCCCUCCUCCUUGAACCGUGGUGCGGCUGAGGAGACGGUGAAAUUUUGUCAAGCAGAUGGGUUGAGGUCAGUCAGCAGGAAAAGGCUCACGUGUCGGUCAGAUUAGAGUCGAACCGACACAGAGUCCCGUUACCCGGCAAGCUGUCCGUCUCAUUGAUUUGAAGGGGAAUGAAUGCUGACACAUCCACGCAGUCAGCGAGGGCACGCCGCUCAAACUCACCGCGCGAGGCCAGCUGGACAGCGGCGGGCAAAGUGAUGCGUGACUGGGACGGAGUUAGAGUUUUUCUACUCUGAAACGCAGGAGCAGGUGUGGAGGUCUGAUACCAAACGACACAUUUGGAUAACAUGUCUCUGCUGAAAGAACGGGGGAGAGAGCUUGAGCGUUUUGACGGACUGUCACUCAUCUACUGGUAUGUAAAGAUGUUUCAAAUCUAGUGUAUGAUGGGGGGGAAAUAGCGCAGAGAACUUCUCUGAGAAUCUUUUUGUUCAACCUUUUCACAACAUUGAAAAUCAAUAUGGUCCCCUGAUAGAUCUGGCACAAUCAAUAACUCUAUCAGGGGCAUCAUGUGAGCCAAAAUUCCAAGGGGGGACGCAGCAAGGGAGGGGUCCUUCUUUCCAGGAAUAAGGAAUGAUGCAAUUUUGAAACUUAAAGCUACUAUGAGGAUUUUUUGUUACAUGAAUGAAAUUCACACUAAUGUCAAGCAAGACCAUCAGCAAAAACACCAAACUUUUUAUAUCCUUAUUUUAAUGUCUGAAAGUGGUCCAAGGGGGUAGGUCCAAGCCUUGCAGCUGAAGAAACAGCGAUGUCUUUACAAUUUUCUCAUAAAACAUUCACAACGACUGAUAUACUUGACUGUCAAAAGUCAACAGAUUGAGAUUUAUUGUAAUAAAUCACCACUUAGGGAUGAAGUGGACGAGGUCAGCAAAGACUUCGCUGUUCACACAGUCCGUAACCGUCAAGAUUGACCUAACUCUUAAGUUCCUCACAGGAGCUUUAAAUAUGACAAUAUACAUUUAUUUAUUUCAGUAUAAAAUAAAGGAUUAAUUUCUUAAGAUUAUCAUGCAUAAGCUUUCUUUUUUUUUUCAUUUUAGGUAUCACGUGGAUUUUUUCUGUUCCAUUAUUAUCUUAUAUCGUAAUUCAAAUCUUUUUAUUACGAUCAUCAUUGUGCUGUCCAUGUUUCCCUUCCUCCUCAGUAUCGUUGACUGCCUGACAAACAUCACUAUUUCUCCUUCCCUCACAGGCCUGGAAUGGUUACUUAAAAGGGAAGCAAAUCUUAGAAAUGAAAGAUAGUUUAAGAUAUUUAAACAGCACUUAACUACAGUUUUGAGGACCAAGUUAUGAACUUAAAGCUCCUGUGAGGAGUUUUUGUGGUAUUGAAAUUGACUGAAAUUCAUAUUGAAGCCUUUUUACAAUAUUUUAAAGCAAACAAGACCAUCAGGGACAAGACUGAUACUGCAAUGAAACGAGAGUGAGGGGGUAGGUGUCAGCUGAGUGGUUGAGAAGACAGGGGGAGAUUUUUUUGUUGGAAGAUACUGUUUAAUCAUGUAGAUGAUGAAAUAAGUGAAGACUAAUUUGUCCACAGAUUUCUUGACAGUUUUACUCUAAUUUUUACAACAGCUGCAUUCAAGAGAGUGAAAUAUGUUUGUGGUUACAGCACAUUUUCCUUGUUUCUGCAGCCUCACAGUAUGAAUCUACUACUGCAGAUUAAGUAGACCUAUUACAAAUUCAAUGAGUAGUAACAACAGACUCCCAUAAUGUAUAGCCUACAGUAAGAGUAAUGUAUUUCCAGAGCAGGAUGUGAAAGUAAUAUGUAAUGACAUAUGUGCCUGUGCCAUAUAAUUAAAAUUGAAUUUAGGAUUGAUCAUUGCAACAGCCACGUCAAUCACUUGUGCCAGGAGAACAACACGAGCCUUUCACAAAUAAAAAAUAAAAAGUCAGAAAGUCAAAUAAAGAUGGAGUGUGCGUGAUCCCCUGGUAAAGGCAUUUUGUAGAGGUCAUGUUGUUCUUGUGCGCUGUCCUGAGGGGAGAAGUCAGUCAGCUAAAUGUAGGUGCUGAGUUGACUGUUAGGGCCGGCCCUGGCUGGAGAGCCAGAGCUGAAGGGAGGUGAUAUAAUGCUGCAGGGUACCCCACAUCUCCAUGGCACCUUACUUUAACCUGGACACCUCUCCUGCAAACAGACCUACAUCUCAAGUUUCCCCAUGAUUCUCUCUUCAAAGAAGUUACCUGAACUCUGGGACUAUUUUCUAAUUUAUGUCUCAGGAGCCCUAGAAUUUAAUCCUGACUGCCAUGACGUAGACCUGGGACUUUUUCCUCUCAGGAUGAAUCCCACAAUUAAAACAAGGUAGGUAUGGCUUUGGCAGGGGAAGGAGUAGAGCUUUGUCUUCAUUAUCUUACGGGAAGACUUUUACUUUAAGGAAAGACAGACAGUGUGACUGUGGCAGGUCAGUUUUUUCUUGUAGGUUCAAUGUAUGAAAAUGUAAAGCUUAUUAGAUUAUUAAAAAAAGAUUUAAAUACAGAAAACAAAGAUCAUUUAUUUUUUAAUUUGCUUGAUUAACCAUUAAUUUAUCAGUCGAGUUGCUUUUAAAAUACUUAAGUGGAUGCAUCUGAAAAUAAACUGGUUAAACUUUUUCUCGUAGUUCUUGUUUACUUGCAUAAAUCCUUUUAAAUUGAUUUAAUCAUUAGAGGAAGAGAGUUAAAGCAGGAAUAUAUGGAUUAUUUUUUAAUGAGUAUGAAUAAAAUGUCCAACAUCGGCCUUGAACUUGUGAAAAUCUGCAUGAAAUAAAAGUCAUAAUGGUGUAUUUGGUUAUUGCUAAAUGAAGACUGUGUUGUGGCCCCAGUUUAAGAUCUUUAUAAGCAACCAGAGGUAUAGUAGUUGUAAAUUUGCCCAUAGAUGCAGUCCAAGUAAUGAUUUAAGAAUUCAAGUUUCAUUGAAAAACAUUAUUGUGGUUAAAAACUCAUGUUUCUUAGUAAUUUUUGUAGAUAUAUAGAAAAUUAUAUCCAAGUGCCUAAGUAUUAAAUACUCACAAGAAUCUCUUCGUGCUUCUAUGUGUCUUGAACACAACUUUCAGUCAUCACCUGAGGUGUUGUGAUACCCUGAAUAAUAUAAACUGAGGUUAAGACCUCGUUUCUAUGCACUGAGCUGUGUCAGAGCCCAGGGCUGUUUUUUAGUUCAAGCAGGUACCUGCUUCUCUCUGAGUUAGGGUGAACAUGGAUCCACGAAGCAUGAGUAACACAAUGCCGUAGCUGACAUAGAUUAAACAGGAUGUGAAGGUAGAGCCACAGAUGGUGCAAAUGUCUUGUGCUUUCUUUUUCUUUCUCCAUCUCUUCCACCUUAAUUUCACGUCCUCUCUGGCUGCAGUAAACCUUGUGAUUAAUUUCAGGUUUUGGGUUGCCGGUCUUGCUCUGUUUAAAUAUGGUAGAGAAUGAAUCCUAAUCCAAAUACUCCAUUAUAUUCAUUGAUUCAUAACUUUUUAACAUUUUUUUUCAUCUACUGUUGUUAACUCUUCUUCUACUUAUCUGUUUUAUCAGAGGUCAGAACUGAAGGUCUUUUUCUUCUUUUUUUUGCCUUUGUGUCCCUGACUUUACAUUUGUUGUGAUGCUGGCCAAAGGCUGUGACAGGUGUGACUGGAUUCAAUUUGACAAGUUAUUUACUCUUCUCCUGUCCUUAGGAGUUCAAGCUUCUGGUGACAGAAAACCUUGCUUUGGUUCAUGCUCCUAGUGAAUCAUCUCACUUUAGCUCACCAUGUUUUAUUUACCUUCUCAUACUGGAUAAACUGUCUCAAUAUACAGGUGUCUUUUAUUACUUUCCGUACCAGAGAGGAGGUGUAGCCAGCAGCCUUGAUCCCAGUGUAGUUAGGAAAAAUGUUUUGUUUAUGUUUCAUUCAUUGUAUUUCAUAUUUAUCUCCUUAAAGCUCCUGUGAGGAACUUUUGGUUUGUGUCCAUCUUGGUGCCCCCCGGUGGACAAAGUAGUCUUCGCUUAUUUUGUCAUCUGCACACAUUUUAACAAUGUCGUCCGACCAAAAUCUCCCUCUGCUGACUUUUUACAGUCAGGUGUGUAAUUUAUUGUGAAUUAUUAUAAAAGUUAAAAAUGGGGCUGUCUCCUUAGCCACUCAAACCAACCGUCUCACUCCAAUUUCAGGCGUUAAAAAAUACACUAUAAAAGUUUUAUAUCUUGUUUGUUUUUAUAUAUCAUAAAAGGCAUAAAUAUGAAUUUCAGUCAUUCUAAUUACCUUAAAAUAAUUUACCCAGAGAACCUUUAAAAUAAACAGACAUUAUUAUGACGACCUCUGUCCUUUUUAAAAAGAAAUCCAUGAAGAGGAGCAAUCAGAUCAGUGUUGCAGACUAAACUUUAAGUCAUUAUAGACAUGUGACGUGCAAAUCAGCAAAAUACUAGACUAGAUUAUGAGCAUGAACAAAAAAAACUUGCCACACUAUUAAGUUUUUUCAGCCGUGUUGAAGUCAAAAACACACGAGACCAAAGAAAUCCAAGACAUGUAGGUGCAGCUGGAAAUAUUACCCUGAGUGAACAUGAAACGCAUCUAAUCCUUCACUGUCCUCAUUUCUUAAGAGCUGCUUUUACCUGAAGAAGAAAGAAUCAAACACAGUUCCUGUCCUAAAGGCUGUAUUGAGUAGUCCAUGUUGCUCUCUUGCAGCCCAGUUUCUUCUUCUGUGGAUGUAUGUUACAUUUCAUGUGGUUUUAACAGGCUGUAAGAAACGGCUUCAUUCCUCCUGGCCACUUCUAAUCAAUAUGCAGUAAUGGGGUUCAAAUGAGCCCUUAUUGACCUUCACCAAAUUUCCUCUGGUGAUGAAAGAUCUGCUGUGAAUGAAUACUCUGAGUUUGAUUUUCUCUCUACAGAGUCUGUUGAUCCUGAAGCAGAGUGCUGACUGGAUACGUCUUCGGGGAAGUUUGCUUGUUACUGAUGUUUUUUCUCUGCCACUCUUCCAAUUGACGUUUCCUCACUUUGCUGAGUGGUCCGUUGUGUCUAUAUUGGCUUGUCGACAAUGUCAGGGACUUGUCCACGUCUUUGCUUGAUUUGAAUUGAGCGGCUGUACAAAUGCUGCUGGUGUAUGUCAAAAUGGUCGGCUGUGACAAACCUUUACUUUGACCAAAGACUAAGAAACGGUGUAGAAAGUCCUUGCAGUGCAUUUCAAGUGAAGCUCUGAUACAGUACAAUACUGACAGUGGAGCUACUUCUGUACAGGAAAUGUGUAAACCUGAGACACGCUUUGCAGUUUACAUGCCUGUGUUUGAAUGUCAGUGUCUAACAUAGAUUAAUGGAUGUUCCCUCUUUGUUAAUAAAGGCAUGUUUGCAGUAAAAAUCACUGCAUGACCACUCACUUGUUAAAGGCAGUGAAAGUUUUCCCCUGUAUCCCUGUCAGGAUGUAGUCUGAUUGCUGUGACAAUGAACUUUUUUCUUAUUACAGUUCUGUAUGGAGAAUUAUGCUGCGUUCAAGUUACCUCGGAAGUCAGAUGUCCGAGCUGAAAAUGAUGUCACACCCAGGUUAGCAGCGUCUGAGUUACCAAAUCGGAAAAAAGCAAAAUCGGAGGCGGAAACAAGAUGGCUAACUUCUACAAAAGGGGGAUAACUUAAAAUUACAACUUAAAAUCAUUUUCAACUCCGACAUGUGACUUCCGAGGUAACUCAAACGCAGCGUUACUAUGUGACGUCACUUUUGAAAAUGUUGGAGAAACCCUAAUUUUUAUUACGAAGCUGCCUUUCGGGUGAUUUUCUGGUUUUGUUAUUGAACCAGUUUGUGAAGAUUAGUUAUUUAUGGAUAAAUCAGCUGCCUGAAAAAAAAUUAUUUAAAAAAAAGCAGAAGUCCUGCAGAGUCAAAAUGAAACCGCAGUUGUUUCUGAUUUGCAAAAUUAAAACAAAACUGCGUGUAUGAGGAAAGCUUCUGCUGUCUUUCUACCAAAAAUCUAAUGAUUAUUGAUUGCCAAAUUUAGUCAGCUCUGUAAUUUGAUCACCUCUGUAUUAAAAAAGCCAGCAAACUUCCAAAAACUGAUAAACUAAUGCAGCAAAACUUCCACAAUUGCUCCAAAUUCCUGUUUUGCACACGUUAAUGGGCCAUUUUAGAUCUCACAUGAUACUUUCUUUAAGCAGCACAGCACCAUAGAAUUACAUCCGUUUAACCCCUAAAAAGUACCUUUCUUAAUGCUGACAUGUCAGUGAAAACAGCUGCUCUCUGGGAUAAAAGACAUUGAGACUGGAUCAAAUUAAAUCUUAUCCAGCUCGAUGUGAAGAAUCUGUGUUUAUCUCUAUCCAAAGAAACCUCAGUGGUACCCUUCAGAGCCUUGUCUCAUUUUCGGUCCCUCCUUUUCCCUUCCUUUGAUCCGCUUACGCUGCAAUUUCAAAAAAAGAAAAUCAGGGGUACUUACAGGACAUUCAGUGGAAAAACAUAAUCUGUAAUGCAUGUUAUCUCUCCUCAUCUGUACACAGGAUUGUUUGGACAUUUUCAUUAUUAAACUCCUCAUACUUAGCAUGAUUUGAAUAAAAACUACUUUUCAGUUUUCAAAACAUGUUUGAAAAAAAGGUGUUUCUAGUGCCAUGAAGAAGCAGAAACGCACUCAAGCUACUGACAGAACCUGACAUGAGCGGCUCUUCUUUUCCAUGUCAGCAAUACACAGAUUCUGCUGUUUACUGAAUCUGCAUGGAAAUACAAAUACUAAACAUAUUACAGGAAAUAAAAUGCACCUCAGCAACUACUUCUUAAAACUGAAAACUACAUAUUUUGUCUUUUUCCACCUGACUUUGUUUUAUAGGUCUUCACUCAAAGGCAAGCAUGUUCACAACUCUGACCAAAACAAACCAGAGCAACAGCACUUUUUAUCGUUAAAAUAGGCAAAGUAACAAUAAAUCAGGAUUUUUUAAACUGGUAUCUUAAAGGAAAGAAAGUUGUUGAUGAAUUUCUGGUUAUAACAUAGUUUUUUUAUAACAGACUUCGCAGCUAUUAUGUGUUUUGUUUGUUUUAUAAGUAGAAUUCAUGCAAUCUUUCAGUUUACAUGAUCACAAAAUAAACUGAUGUGUCACCAUGGCAGCAUGUCUGUGGUUUACAUUAUAAUAGACUUGGUUUGAUGUUCCUUGACAGCAAACUGGUCUUUGUUUCAGUUCUGUAAAUUACAGAGUAAAUGUAUGAUCAGAGAUAGAUAAUGAGCUGUUGGAUUACAUGCAAACCAGCAUAACUAAACCUCUUUUUAAUACUUUGAAUCAUUUUGAAAAAGCUUUAAAAAUCAUUCACAAUGUUAACAUGUUCCUUUUUAGUAGAUAACUCCUCGUGUCCCAGCUCCCUGGACUCUCCUGCAGACUUUUCCCUCAACCUGCAGCUUCUCCUCUUGACUGUAGGGGGCAGUCAUGCAACUGGAACCUCCUGACAGGGAUUGCUGUAGUUCUUGUGUUGCUCUUUACUACAAUAUACACAGACACACACUCGCACAUACACACAGGACAUCUUGAUCACACAAGAGGUUGUGUGCAAGCAUGUCUCUCUGUGAUUGGGUUUGGGCCUGUUUGAGUUUUCAGUGUGGAUUGGUUAAUCCCAUAAUCUGAUAAUGACCCACUGUGCAGAUUUAGUGAUUAAAGUUCUGAGGCAAAUGGUUGUUGCCAUGGCUGCAAUGGAGAGAAGGAAGAGAAUAAAUCUCUAUGAUGAGAACGUGCGCUCUGAUGUGUGUGGUUGUGGGCGUAGAUAUGUUGUUUAUUGGCUGAGUAAUACUUCACUGUAAUCUUCUUCCAUUCAGAUAACUCUUUAUUACAAUCAAGUUUAACACAUAAUUAAGAUAAUAUCACAUCUGAUAUAUCAGCUGAUUAUCAUGACAGUUAUUUCUCAUGUUGAGGGCCUAAACUUGUAAGAUGAUAGACCAUCUUUAAUCAAGAUAAAACGGAUUUACUCUGCGUAUGUGGUUGCCAUUAAAAUGGUCACUACAAUGGACAUCACAGCUGUCUUAUAAAGACCUGUUGGUAUUGCACAUUACACCUUAUGGAUUAUCCUUUUGCCAUAAGCUUAUUCCCUCCUCAUUGUUUGUCACUGUCAUACAGUAUCUGCAGUAUCAGUAUACCUGCCUGUGCAGCCGGAGUGAAUCAUGACAGACAAUAAUCAGAGCUGUUGAUAACAAGAAUCAGGCGUCUCCACUGUUACAGAAAAUAUGUUACGCAGGUUGAAAGUUCAUCUAAGCUUGGCAAGGUAUGUUUAAAUGAUUUAACAGUUAGGCUUGUUGAACGUUCACAUUGUGAAUUUGGUGGUUGUGUGUGUAUGUGUUUUGUUUGAAGAUUGAAGCUGAUAUAGUCGGAUGAAUCAUAGCUGGAUUAUUGUUUCUUUAACUUUCUCAUGAUUGAUAGAGCAGUAUUAAUAACAUAAAGCCAGAGUUAACUACUGUUAGGCCUGCUGACUGUAAUCACAUUAAAUUCAUUUAACAUAGUCCAUAAUUACUUGUAUCCUAAUCCUGUAAACUGAAUUAGUUUUGUUUCACCGUUACAUGAGCUGUUGUUGUUGUUGUUGCUGUUGUUUUAAGGUUGCUACUGUCCCCUGUCUCUCUCUAUUUUCUCCCUCCCUCUCCCCUACCUAUUCUCUCUCUCCUUCCCUCUAUCUUGUUCUCUUUCUCUCCCCCUGCCCUCUCUCCACUCCUCUCUCUCCCUCCAUCUCUCUACAUUCCUCCCCAAACCAGCAGCGGCUUGGUGGUUGUCUAACAUAAGUCUGGUCCUCCCCGAGGUUUCUGCCUGUUAAAAGGAAGUUUUUCCUUGCCACUGUCACUCAUGCUAAAUCCCAUCUUAGGUUGGGUCUUGCUAAUUCAUCAAACAAUGAGCGUUGUCUAGACCUGCUCUGUUUCAUAAAAAACAAUUCAGGAGGUAAAAAGCAUUAAAGACGAUUUAAAGGUUAAAAAAAGCAUAUGUCAGUCAUACCAGUAUUUUUGCAUGAGCAGAGUGCAGAAACAAAGUGCAAUGUGCGGUUUGUGACCAAUCAUAGACUGUAUAUAGAAUGGACACCAUCUGCCUCCUCGCUGGGUAAAGCCACUCCGAGAACAGCACCCUCUGGUGAUGGGCUGCAGUAUAGGUCAUAAAUCCCGGCUCCUCCAGCAAGGCUUAUGGAGCUGUGGACAAACUUUAGAAAUUUAUUACACAGAAUAUAAAUUUUUCUCCCCCCUGCUUGUGAUGUUGACAUGUAGUUACUGUAAGACUGGUUUGUAGUUAAGCCCUCUUUUUUCUGUGCAGCUCCGUUUUUAAAAGUGAUUAGGGGGUUCAUAUUUUCUAUGAUUGACACCUGAUACAGCCUAUGGGCGUUCAGGGAUUGCGUAGCUCACUGGGGGGAUACGCUGUUUGAGCUGAGCGCCAUCACAGCGACUCUCCUGCCAAGCGCAGCACUGGUUUCAGGAAAUGAAGAAAAAUCGCAGAAAUACCGAGAGCGCUUUGGCUUCAAAUCCGUAUAUAGACGGGAGGCGGAACCAAGUUGUCCAUAGUAUAUACAGUCUAUGGUACCAAUAAAAGAAAGCCUAGAUCAGCUUGAUCUUUCCAAGAUCAGCGAGAUCAGGCUUAUCAGACCUACUCCUACUCCAUACAACAAGAUCACAGUAACGCAGUACAAUACAAAUAACAACUGUAUUAUUAUUUUUAUUAUUUGUAUUGAACUGAAUUGGCUAAAUGGGCUUUGAAAACAGAGCCAAAUUUAGCAUAUAAGAUGUAAUCAUUACCGCCAAUCACAAAACAUCUCAAUCCAUUUUUAUAAAUAAAUAACUUUUUUCAGAAGUCAAAAAUAACUAGUAGCCUUUGCUGUUUGCGAUACCACACAGAUGUUGUGUGAUUUUAAUGCAGGUGGACAAUUCAAGAAAUGAAUGCCAUCAGAGGAUUAGACUCCUGUUUCUAAAUGGAGAGUUUGGUACUUGACUAUUAAUGUGUUAAGUGCUUUUGAGCCCCUCCUGCUCGGUUUGAAUUUUGGGUCAACAGUUGUCUGAGCAGUUUGAUGCACAUCAUUUUAUGUGUUAGUGUGCAUCAUCUACCUAUUUGAAUAUUCCUGUUACAGAUGGUGAAGUAGUUUGUGUGGCAGACAACACUGGUGCUCAAAUGUAUCACUCCUUUAAAAUGGACGGGCUUUGUUGGGGAUUUCUCUUCUUCACUGCACAUGCCAGCAACAAAUACCUGCUCCUGUCCAACAGGCGGAGGAAGCUGCUGCUGGAAUAUCCCUGAAUAUGUGUGACAGCUAAGCCCUGCCAAAAUAAUUUCCAGUGUCACUGCUGUCUAUGCCCUUUUUUAAUUUCGGCGACUUUAGUUAUGUAAGAGAUUAAUUCUGUGGGUUAAGGUGGAAUGUUUGGCGCUGACAGUCUGGUUAACUGGAAUUAGAGGCUGGCUCUGUAGACAGACCACCUUGAGGUUGAGAGCUGGAAGCUGGGGAUAUCUCCGACUCAUCCACCGUCUGUCAAUCCAGAGGAGCGGGCUCCAUGUCAAAAUGCCAACCUUUUCCGUGAUGUACAAAGGCGCUGUCAUCAUUAGCAGGUAAACAAAAGGAAAGAAAGAACAAACGGAGCGAGUGUGGUUGUGGGUAUAUGAGGUUGACUGCUGUCGAAACGCUGAUUGACGCUUCUGUGUGUUUACUUUAGCCAAGUCUUGACUUAAUAGAUGGAUUCGUCUACUGUUUCUAGAAUAAGUGCGUGCUGGAGGAUACUGGAUAAAGCAAAGCAUGUUGUUUUAUUAAUGCGUGGUGCGUGGUCCGCGCAAUGCUGGCGCGCCAUGCGGUUAACUGUAACAUUCAGUGAAACCAGCAAAGCCUACAUGUGGUGCCGCAAAUAUAUCUCAUGCGGGGGUUUUUCAGAAACACACGAACAAAAAAAAUUGAUAACAAUAGAGUGAAGCGCGUGAGCGUGAUCUGACUGGUGUUAUUUUGGAUCGACAGGAUGGGAUAGAGCUGUCACCAUCUGUCCAUGCCGCUUGUGCGUCGUGCGUACCGAAUGGCGAUAGUUUGAGAUUUGGAGCGACAAAGGUUUGAAGCAGUAAAUGUCUUCAGAUUGCGCCCGUGUUCGCUCUUCUCUCUUCUCUUUUAACGUUUUGGUCGAACAGUUUACUUUGAAGGUCGUUUGGUCGAAUAAAUAAUCGAGGAUAUUCACCGUAUGUAAUCAAAUCAGAAAUCAGGGCAACAGUAAGCUUACUCGUCAUGUCCUAAUGCUCGGAGGUCUGUUUGCAAAAUGCAGCCAUGAAGGAGUAAAGCAUGGUUUUAUUUAUUUCUGCGGUGUCAGUCAUCUUGAAGCGUUCAUGGUUCAGUGUGAUGUUGAAUCUAAGUUUCUUUGACUCUCAUGUCAGCUGUUGUCUCCCUCUGGUUGUUGAAAUCCUCAGCAACACCUAAAGAAAAUGUUUUAAAUGAAAGUCUUUUUCUCAGUUAAUAAUUGAACAGGUAAAUAUUUGAUGUUAAAAGGCUUGGUAACACUUUACAAUAACCAUAAUUUAUAAAUAGUAAAUUGAUAGUUUAUUAAUGUAAGUGAAUAGUUACUUUACCAUUAUCAAGCAAUGAAAUUAUGAUAAAUAGUUUUCAUUAAUUGUUAAUGGACUAUUUAUUAAAUAGGGUUUAAAUAUUGUUUGUAAAACAUCUAGAUUAAAAUGUGUGUCAGUAGCACUUUGUAAAUGGUUAAUAUUUGGUUUUUUAACCAUCUAUAAACAUUACUGAGAUGGUUAUUGUAAAGUUAGGGUUAGGUUUUUAAAAAUGUAAAAUGUACAAUUUAUCAAGGGUCUAUAUGCUAUUUAUAAAUGAUGAUUAAUUGAUUAAUUAAAUGAUGAAUAAACAUGAUCUUUCUGCUUACUAUUUACCAUUUAUAAGUUAUGGUUAUUGUAAAGUGUUAAUAAUGGCUUUAUCUGAAUCUUAGUGUUUGAAUAGCAGUUUUGCCCCUUAAUUGACUGACAGAAUUGGUUAACUGGUUUUGAAAUAAUGAGUGGUUUAACUGCAACUCAAAUAGUAAUUAUGCUGCUACCAUAGAAAACACAAUAACCAGCAGACACACAGGAAUAAAGGUAGUAUUAGGUGAUGGUUAUUUUGAUUGUAAGGAAAUGAUCACCCAACAACUUAAAUCUGUCUGCUGUUUUGUCAACCAUCUCUAACUAUGAUUGGUUUCUAUCAUCUUGGAACUCUCACUCAUGUUGAACUGCAUGCUUGUCUCAUAAAUCAGUGACUUCUCAGGGGUGAUGCAGAUUUUUAACAUCAUUCCCAGUUUUAAAGAAUAGUUGUGCAUUUCUGGGUGAGAUUUGGUCCCACAAAACUCAGUAACAUAAUAUCUCACAAUGUCAGAUUCUGUUGUGUUUACAUCUCCCUCUGUGAGAUUAGGCGAGAAUUUGUGAGGUGGUGUUUUUUUCCCUUUGGCCCAAACUAUUCCAAAUCGUUUGUGUGACUGAAAACUUUGUAAAAUAUAUGCGUCUUUUUCUUAUUCAUUUAUUUAUUGCAGCAUGAUACAAACAGAAAAGGUCAAAGGUUGACAUUUCCCACAGUAAAAUAAGAAGAAGACGUUGGUCUGUUUAUACUUAAUGAGUGCACCGCUCCACCAGAGCAAACAGAAAACAUACGGCUUUGCAUGCAGGGUGAACCUGCUGCAGUGGAGAAGUGCUGCUGAAUGUUUAAAACUUUAAUUUUGUUUGAAUCACUGGCGGUACUUGGCAUAUGUGUAAAGGGUGAGUGUCCAAGGGCCUCAAAAAGACAUGUUUACACUUUAGUCUGUUUUAUUGAUAAAACUGUUGCUUUAGUUUGAGGAUUUUCCAUCAGCCUCAGCCACUAUCGUAACGCAUAUAAAUGAAACACAAAUACAACACACAGGUCUAUUGUGAGACUUAAUUACACUUGUGUUUCUCCUGAAAUAUCUCUUUUUGUCUCCAAUUGGCUGUGUGAGUUUCAGAGUUGUUGCUUUGUGAUAUUUAUUCUCCUCCUAAACACGAAUACACACACAAGUCUCUGUUUCUCACACUAAUUAACUCAGUAUGUGUCUGAUCACUUCCAUUAAUUAACUGUGCAAGCAUAAGACUCUUAACAGGGAGUAUUCCAUUAACACAACACAGCUGCAACUGUUUCAUAAGUUUGAGGCACCAAGGCUUGGAUGAUGUGCUUUGAAUUCGUGGUUUUGACAUGUUAGACUCUCCCCGCUAACGUAUUCACUUUGAAUGGAUCAGAUCUGCGGGAAGUCCAUCCAUCACCUUUGCACAUUGAAUUUUUGUUGGAUAGUGUCCAGCAUUUAAAAUCAAACGUUUUGAAGCAGUGUGUAGGGUCAAGUAGUCGCAGAUUCAAAACUCAAAAGAACAACAUGUAAAGAGUGCAGUGGUGGAGGAGACUCAAACUCAGACAAACUUAGUCUUCUCUCACGUUAUCAUGCAAAUAUACAGAGUUUUGACAGGAGGCUUUGCAGGAGAAGAGCUCCGUAUGUUGAGAAAAGGGAUAGAAAGUUUAAAAACUCUAAAUAUAGUUUCUUAUGUAAAAAUAUUCCUCUCUAUUCUGUCUCUCCCUCUAUCACUUUUUUAGGACACUAAUGGGCCCAUAUGGAGUCGACAGAGCUGUUUAUUCCAUGGAGUUUACGGACUGUGAAAAUGGCCUGGGUGAGUAUUUUUUUAUUAUUAUGAUUAUUGUUAUAACGUGUGUUUUUACAUUUCUUUUGAACUAUUUUCAUUUUAAUAGUUGGUCAAAUAUUAAAGAUUUUCCACCCCUCUCAUUCUGGCCAUUAGAGCCUGUUUUUGUAUGGCUGAAAUGAUUUAAAUCUUUACUCUAACAGGCUUUUCUCUGCGGUGUUUAUCCUUGUCUGUUUGCCUGAGUAUGGAAGUAGGUCAUGUUGCAAAGCCCUAACCCACUUAACUCGGCUGGGCUAAGAACACAGGGAACUGUUGUUAUCAUCUGAACUUCAAUUUACACACUGGUGGGGCUCGUGCCAGACAAACAUCUCGUAUACAAUAAUACAAGUACAGUGUUAAUAACUACUCUGCUGGAGUGAAGGCCUUUUAGCGAAGUACGUUCAUUAAUGUCAAGAACUGUAAUUAAUCUUUUGAAUUAACUUUUUAUAAUGGCAUUGCUGAAAGGAUUAAAGACCUGAUUGCAUUUCCUAGUUUUUUUUUAGUCUGUUAUAUAUUUUGUUUCAUAAAAGGUUAAGUAAUUUCCAAAUGACGCAAUAGUCAUUUGCACUAAAGCAGUUUUUGCACAAACUGAGCUUUUGAAUGUCACUUCUUCCUUAAAAUAAAACUGCAUCCCAGUCAAGUCAACAGUAAUAUGCUCUUUGUUUGAAACAGAAUGAAAGUAUCACUAUGCAUGCAUACAGGUGCAGCUGCACCACAGAAGCUGAGAGAGCACUACUACCAUGUUGUUGGCAGAUUGUCACAGACCUGUGGAUGAAACUGGACUGAAAAUCUGAUCCACAUUUUGUACAUGGACUCCUGCUAAUUUCUCCAUGUGUAACAAUGUGAUCUUUAAAAAUAGCCUCGAUUAAAGUUUGGUUCGUGUCAACUUUGGCGCCCCUGUGGACAAAGCAAUCUUCACUUAUUCUGUCUUUCAUAUGUUUGAGUAGUGACAUCUGGCAGAAAAGGUCAUCCUACUGAUUUUUGACCGUCAGAUGUAUCACUAAAUGAUAAAAGUAGAGCUUUUUCUGCAGCUGCUUGGUUGGCACCUACCCCCUCUGACUUUAAAAUGACGUGAUAAAAUGGUCAGUUUUGUCACAAGUGGUCUUGUUUGCUUUUGUGUGUCUUAGAAGGGCAUCAGUAUGAAUUUCAGUCUGUUUCAUCAACAACAAAAGACUCCUCAGAGGAGCUUUAAUGAUCAACAAUCAGCAAUUAAUUUGGAUUUAAAUAAUUAACUAUUGAACAGCCCUAGAAUAAAUGCAUGUUGGAGUUAAUUUGUUUUAAUGGCAAGUUUUUAACUGGACAUAUAUAUUUUAUUCUUAUCACUAACUAGAGCUGUAGAUGAUGAAUUUUUAAUGUAACAACGUUUUGAGGAUGAACUGAAGCUUGCAGCGCUGAUUUCAUUUUAAACCGAAUAUGGAGACAGAGAAAUUCUGUAUUGCACUUAAUGCAGGACUUGAUGGAGACAGCUGACUCCAUAACAAGAAAAAGGGUUUGGAGAUAUUUCCAGUUUGGGACAUAGAUGAAUGAAGUCCUGAUAGUGAACUGAUCAAAGUAUAAGCUCAAAUCAAUUCUAAUGAUUAAACAAACAUCGGUACAGUAGUCAGGCCACAACACUGAGGAGUCAGAGGGAUUGGUUUCAAACUCUGUCAAAGUAGCAAAGGAUGAGUGAGAAAUUCCCCAAUGUUAACAUUUUACAGUUACAAGUGUAUUGCGUUUGUGUGCGCACGUGUGUGUGUGUUUGUUUGUUGUGUGUAUCCACAGUACUUAAAUCAGCAAUACAGGUGACAAGCAAAGCUGCUUGUCAAUCAAUUUAAUUAUGUGCUGAGAACACCCUGUUCCAGUGCAGUAUGUCUCAAGACUUGGGCUCUUUGUGUAUGUACUGUACAUCUAAGGUCUCCAGCAGCGUAGGGGGCUGCGCCUUGUUUACACUGUGUAGCAAACACUCUCUCAACCCUGUGCUGAAGACAGCAGAUACUAUUCUCUGUGUUAAUGCAGCUCAGCGCUGUAACACUUCACCAUGUGGAAGGGGAAACUGUUCACACUGAGCAUCAUCUGUGUCAUGGUCAGAUUUGCCUGCAGAGUCGACUCAUUUUAGCUUUAUUUGACGUGUAAAUAAUGCAACUAUAGAUUUUAUAUUAUGGAGUCAAUCCUUGGAAAGAAAUGAGUCCUUGAUGCAUAAAUAGAAGAAACAAUAUUUUUGUAAAGUAAGAUGUGAAGCUGUUUUUCCUCCUGACUCGUUGUGCAUCAGAGGGUGAGGGUUCCCUGAGUUUGAGGCAGACACGGUUUCCCUGUUUUCAAACAAGUGUAGCUGGCUCGAGUCCUUUUUUAGGCUGCCAAGUGUAAUGUUGCUGCUGCUGCUUCUCAUCCGAACAUUUAAGACUCCAGUUUGUAACAUCAAAUAAAUAUCAGGUGUGCUGGAUCGAGGCUGUUUUACAUCACCUUUUAGAUAGGUUUAAAUGCUCUUUUAGUAAAUGUGCAUAUGUUAUUUCUUCUAAUCUGAUACGUUAUAGUCACCUGUAUAUAUUUAAAUGUCAGAAUAUCUGAAUACAUCUAUAAACUUAUAAUAGUCUGUGGAUUAUUUUGCAUUUUGAAGUCACAGACUGAUUAAACUUUUAAAUUACCCGAUCCCUUUUUUCGCUCAGUCUCCAGAAACGACUAAAAUGGCAACUUCCUUCGGAUGACCUUACCCCACACUUGGAUCACAAUAUUCAAAUUCCCAUCUGUAACACGCCAUCAGUAUUCAUUGAUGCAUUUUAAUGAGUGUGUGUUCCACUUAGAAAUAACUAUCCUUUCAGCGUGGAGGAGAGUUAUUUUCUUGUUACUUCUCCCUCAUGAGAAGAUCAGAGGAGUGCUGGACUCUGGACUUUGUUUUUCUGCCACUUUUAACUUUUGAAUCCUUGUUGAAAUAAUUAUAUUUGUUUUAUAGAGACCAAACUCAGGCUGUUGGUUUUGAUGUUUAUUUGUUUUUGAAUGGUCUGUAGUUGGAAAUUAAUCUGGGCCGCUUAUUUAAACUUAAUAAAACUGGAUUACUAAUAAUCUGGUCCUUCUCGAUGCUAUUCUCUGUUGUUUAUGUUUAGCUUCCACCUAUGAUACUGGAUCAUUUUGAUAGUACAGGAAAAUUACUCCUUUCGGCUUCUAAUAAGAUUUUCAUCAUUUAUAUCUCACAUGUUAAUAAAGUUUUUAAUUUCCAUUUAAAUCUUUUAUUUUUGUUCUGUAUUCUAUUUAUUUUAUAAGGCGACCUUGAGUGCCUUGAAAGGCGCCCUAACAAAUAAAAUGUAUUAUUAUUAUUAUUAUUAUUAUUAUUAUUAUUAUUAUUAUUAUUAUUAUUAUUAUUAUUAAAUCAGGCGGCCUUGGAUUUAUUCUGAUAAGGCCCCCAAAAGCGAAAGUGGUAGAUGGUGAUUAUUAAGGAUUAUAGAUGUAAUCACCACUGUCAUGGUUUGUUUACAUGCUAACUUUUCCAUAGCUAUUAUUAAAGUGGUGCUGACUAAUGUAUUGAAUAGAUAUACCUUAGCCACCAGUUACAUCUGUUACCGCGGUGAUAAAUGAGUGAAAUGUUGAAAAAGUGUUUUUUUAAUUUUUUGCCUUGUAGGGGACUAUUUUAAGGGAAACGUACUGAUUUUCAAGCCUAGCUAAGCCGUGACAGAGAGUAUCACAAUCAUGUAAAUGUGUGUUAAAGAGAUUUUGCCCUUUGGAGAGAGACAGAUGUUUAUUUUACAUUUCUGCUCUGAUUUUAAUCUCCAGAGGAAAACCAGAUUCUCCUAUAUUUUUGUUGUGUGAAAGUUGAUCUUUUUUUUUUUCAAGGAUGCAUUUAAUCACAGCUACUUAUCUCCACUUGCUUUCUUAUGCCAACAGGAAUUAAAGUGAUCGGUGGAGUGAAGGAGCUGACUGGAGAGGAGUUUGGAGUCUAUGUCAAAAGGAUUUUACCUGGUGGCCUUGCUUCAAAUGAUGGUAAGAAACUUUCUAUUCUCUAAAAUGCAACUAGGACUUAAAAAAUUUGAGUUGCAACACGUGCACAAAGUUAGUCAAAAACAGUGAAGUAAAAUCAUGGCUGAAAGGACUGUAUAUUAAAUAAACUGUACAUUAAAAGUUUUUGCAGGGGCUGCAGAGUCCUUUGUUGGCGCUCAUCUGACAAACUUCUACCUGAUCAGCCAUCCUCGGUCAAAAUACAUCCACUCCUACUCAACGAUCACAGUUUGUGUAUUUGAGAUUUCAUGAGAUUUCAUUUCUUAAAACAAGAACAUCUUACAGAAACAUUGCAAGUACAUUUUGCGUACUUCAUUGCCAUUUUUUUCCCCAUUUUUUGCAAGCAAUUCACGUCUUAAAGCACUGUCAGAUUGUUGCUUAUAAGGCGAAGAACCAAACCUCGAGUGGUACUGAAAAUUAACGAUCAAAUGACACCAUUGAUAACCACUUAAGAUGAACACAACGUGACUCUUAUCCAACAUAAAAACAAAUGUUAUUGGGAAAAAUGGUGGUGUAUUAAUCAAUCCUUGAAUUACAUUGGCAGUAUUUGAAGGAUUAAUUACUGUCAUGUACAAACUCAGAUCGAUUUAACACACAGGAGUUAAGACAGCUUAAUGCAUUACCUUUAAUGCCAAUUAGAUGUUCCAAUCUCUUUAGAGGGAUGGGAGGGGCAGUGGUAUUGAAUGCAACCCCAAGAUCUAACAAACAAGUGUAACAGGUGCUCAUCUUGGUGUGGUUCUCAAACGGACUGGACACACAUCUGUUCUUAUAUUCUCUGGAUUUUAUUCUGCAGGUGCACCAUUCAAGAAAAGGACAAAGACCUCAAACUGCACCUGGUUACUCUUUUAUAUAAACUGUAGUGGCUGUAUCGCCAUAAAAAUUAGAAAACAAAGAAAACAAAAACAUGCAUGCAGGUUUUUAGCAGAAAAACACACAGGAAACCCUGCAACUCUUUGUAACGUGUCUCUACUCAGCAUGUUUGACACAGCUUCGCUCUCAGACCCUCUCAAAACAAGGAGGACUGUUUCUGUGCAGCUUUCAAGCAAGUGAGCCAAGACUCGGUGUAUGAGUCAUAGUCACUCAGCAGGGGUCAUUCAAAACAUGCUUAACAUGAGUCACGUCUACUGGUAGCCUAAAGGGUGCAUACGCUGUUGUUGGGGGUCUGAGUAUGUUGUGGUCAAAGUGGCGAGUGUUAUCCCUCAGGUGGAAUAAAAUCACUCUGCUACAACACACCGCCCAUGGGAUGGUGGGAUGUAUUGUGGGAUUUCUUAACACUAACUAGACAGGGAAGCUUGGCAGUCAUGUUGUUCUUGAAAUUGUCCCUUAAUCAGGAUAUUUUCUAUCAGGAAGCUGUAGGCACAGAAUAUAUUUUUCUAGCAUUUCUUGGCAACCUGUUUUGAUGUCUGUUGGUCUGUUCUCCACAUUCAUGCACUCGAACUUCAGAAGGGAUGAGUUCCUGGUGCUCUUCUGAGGUGCAUUAGCUGAGGGUGCUGGUGUCUUCCCAAACAUGCAUCUCUGAUUGCAUUUGACAUAUGUUUGUGCAAAAUUGUUGUCUAGCUAGAAAGAGGGGACUGUUUUAACUCCGUAGAUACCAUACUUGAACAAGACUUUCUUUUGCUUUGUUAUGGGGUCCCUCAUCACACAAUACAAAAUACUGUCUCAAGUUUUAGCAAGGGCAAAACUUCUUGACCACCUGAUAGCUGAUAAACAUUUUGGAUUAUGCUGAGCACGAGCCAAGAAUCUACACCGAUCUUCUAACAUCACAAAUCUGACAAACAGUGGUCACCUUAGCAUCACAUACCUCCUUCAAAUAUGGGGGGACAUGUCUUUUGUCCGGUUUCAGAUUGGCAGCUGACUCCCCUCUUCCAUCGGUUUCUUCUUUCUAAUAGUCUAAGGCUUUUAACUCAAAGCAUCUAGAUGUAUGAGAUCAGAUCAGCAUUGAAGCCAAGCAGGUUCAAACGUGUCAAGUUUGGACUUAGUUAGAUGUUAAUGGUUGGAUUAUUAUCCAGAUGGUGAGCUUAGGUCUUCAAUCAAUGGCUGAACUUUUCACAGAAACACCCUUUAGGUCCAGAAACUUUAGUCAGUGAGUUUGAUAUUUCUGCUGUAAAGCACUUGGAGUCUUGUUUCCAAAAGUAGUGAACCUGGCUUUGGCACCUCAUGGCACUUAAACACAGCACCAAGACUGUUAAUCAGAGUCCGGAUGGUCAUCAACAGUAUUACAAGUUCCUCUUGUUGCUGAUUUGGUUAACUUACAUCCUUUCUUUCACCUCUGACAGGAAAUCUCAUGGCAGGGGACCAGAUCUUGGAGGUGAACGGGGACAGUUUGGUUGGAGUCACGAGUGAAAGGUAGUCCAGUCUUUCUUUUGUCUUUUUUGACCAACUAGAUGACUAGGCUUGUACUAUAACAAUGAUGCAUAUCUGUGUUUGGAUUUCAGAGCUGUGGACAUCUUGAGAGCGGCGUCAGCAACCAAUCACAUGCGCCUUCUCAUUGCGAGAGAUGAGGAAGCAAAGUAAGCAGCAGUAUAAAAUUCUAUUUUAUAUACAAAUUAUCUAAAUAUAGAAGUCAAAUGGUUUUUAAAUCAUUUACUUGUGGCAGGAUGGUUAAUAACACAACCUCAAACCACUCCACUUUAUAUGAACUUUAGUAACUUCAGCACACUGGGCUCAGGCAUGCUGAGUUACUCUGAUUAGUGAGUGUGCAGAUUAGCCAUCAACAUGUUAGACACGCCCCCCUAAGACAUGACCAGGGUAUCAUGACAGCUGAAAACAGGUCGGUGAAGAGAAAGUGAUCAUUAUUAGCAGCAUCACAGGCCGUAUCCAUUCCUGAUAAUGUGAGCUUAAUUGAUAAAGUUUGCAGCGGAGGACUGGCAGAUCUGAUUUUGAAGCAUAACAGGAUAUAUUAGUACGCUUUGUCCUCAGCAGAAAUGAAAGAAUUAUUUAGCACUAGGGGCGACUACAGACCCAGUUUAUUCAUAAACAAAUGCAUACAGUAAGUAGACAUAGAUUCUCACAAUAUGGUGUCAGUUGUAUGAAUGCAUAAAGGCCCAUCCCCCCCGUACUGAAAUGAGAGCUGACUGAGGGGAGAUAGCUUAACCCAGGGCAGGGCCCCUGACGAGAUGAGUUGUGUUAAUCUGUGCUCUCUGCUUUAGCUGUGCAGCCAAGAUCAGAGGAGAUGGAGGAGAGUAGAAGGGAUGGCGGGCAGAGGAGGGGGGAUUAUGCCUGUCUUUUUGUGUCUCACAUCAAACAGAUUUCCUUCUUUUUAAAAACCCAAGUCAAAAUGUGCUAAGCAUGAGGGACAUGCUUACCAACUGUGAGAGCUCACAGAACUCUGCGGAGUAAAUCGUUUCAUAAAACCUUGAAGUCGUUUGUCACUAAUUUAUGCGGCGCAGUCCCUGAGCAGGGUUAAGAUGUUCAUUCUGCACCAGCCUGGUCUUCGGUUCAAACACCUGGCCUCCAGCAGCAGGUUUUUGACUCCGCAGAGUUCUCCAGAUGAAUGGAAAGGUUGGAGGUGGUUUUCACAAAGAUGAGGGCAGUUAUUGGGGUUACGCUGUGCUUUUAAAGGCAGAUUUCACAGAUUAACUUGUUAUAACAAAACUCUGGUGAUAUAUCCUAAUUUAGAACAUAUACAGAUGUGUGUUUUAACUGUUCAGAAAAUAUUAGGGGUGGGAGAAAAGAAUCUAUUCAUAUAAGUAUUGCGAUUUUUUGUUUUACAAUUUUUAGAUGGGUUUUUAUGUUCAAGUCUUUUUUUUUUUCUUCAAGUUUAAGAAUAAAUCUUAAAAACUGACUUACAUGUGAUGUGUAUUUUUUGGGGGAAAUAUGGUUACUGGAAUAGUCAGUUGACACUCAUGAUCAUUCAACUGUUUCACUGGGGUAAAAAUGCAAACUAAAAACUGAGAAAAUCAACAAUAUCAAAGAAUGGCACUUCGAAUCGGCAUCCAAAAAAUCGUAGAAAAAUCAAAUCGGGAGAAAAGCAUAUCGUCCCAGCUCUAGAAAAUAUGACUCUUAGAGUGAAAAACUAUAAUCAAAGUCUAAAUCUGUGUAAACUCUGAGAUGUACUGCUAUGACGUCUUUGUUAAUCAAUAGGACAUUAAAUUAGCAUGAUUUUUUAGUAACUGUUAACUGUAGUUGAGGAUGUUUGGUGGACCUGCAUGAAUAGUAUAUCUAAAUUCAUGCAUUUUCAGUAAAUAUUCCUCACAGGAAUAAUAUAUAAUGUUUUUACUCAUAGGAAAAUUAAGUGACUUGACCGUGGCUCAGUAAUUUUUCAUUAGUGCAUGCAAGUGUGCGAUGUAUACGACGGUAUAGAGAUGAAUAUAACAUUUCUAUUAUUAUUCCCUCAUACAAAUCUGUGUCAAAAAGGUAUUAUAGAAAAAUCAUUCUCAUGCACCACUCAUAUUUAUUUGACGGCUUAUGAGACAGCUUGAUAUGCUGACGGGGCUUAAAAAUCACAGACGCAGAGCAUAGAAGCACUAAUUUAAACACAGCACACAUGAUUUGUAUGAUUGUAAAUGAAUGAGAGUCAAUGAGCAAAGAUAUUAUUACUUUUCUGGCUUCAAUGUGCACAUGCAGAUUUAUUCACUCGGUUCACUGCAUCUGUUAUGCAAAAAUUGAGUAUCACAUACUUUAAACGUUGGUGAUAUUAAAUCAUUUUGACCUUUUUAAGAGAGUCUGAGUUGUUACAAGUUUUGUUAAAUGGAUUCAGGCUGAAUUUCUUUUGUUUUGCCACGACAGGAGAGAGUUUUCUGAGCUGCUGGAGAAAUAUGGAUCGAGCGGGAGCACAGGAUCUACACGCAACUCUCCGAUCCAGCAAGGUAGGAAAAUCCUGCUUUUACUUUAUGUAGUGAAUUUGACAUUCAAAGAUCUAAAACAGAGGGCCUGAAGGGUAUGGUGUGGAGUGAAUCAAAGCAUGUCCCAUCGCAUUUUUAAGCGGCACAGUGUAGUUUUGAGUGUCACGAAUCAGCCGUCACACAUAAGGCAGUUUCACGGGGAUGAUAUAGACAGAAGUGGUCAGAGAAAAGCUUGUGAACGACAGUCAUCACAGUCCUAUUUUGCAAAAACCAGUAGACCCUUUCGUUAUUGGAUGUACCGAGCCUGAGGACUAGAUGGGGUGAGUCUGUCUACAAAAAUGGCUCAUGACAAGUGUGCUCGUCUCUUACAUAAUUGCAAACAUCUGUUGUAGUUGGGGGGAAGGUAGCAAGUUCAUACAGGUUUGAUACAGCAAAAAAAAUUCAAAUUUAACAUUCAGUUUCAUAGUUUCAUAACCCUAACUUAACCCCAGAACCAGGGCUCUGACAGUAAUAAGAAAUAUUGGGAGUCCAGAGCUUAUCACAAUCGAUUUUAGAAGGUGAACUUGUCCAAUAUUUUUCCAACUCUGUCAGAGGGGUUUAGUGAUUUUUUUGAAGUGGGAUUGUCUGAGGUGAAGGGAAGAGAUGCUGGCUUGGAAAUUUAGAGCAGAAGCUGGGCUUUCAGAGGCAACACACGGGUCAGCUUGACUAAUUUAGCUGAUUUUAAUGAGCUCCAACCGAAGCAUGAGUGCAUGCUCUAUUUGGAAAUUUGUCAGCACUUUACUUUGGGUUCAGGAAGCCUAUUUAUUUUUGAACUAAAUUCCUGAAUACAAAACAUACAUGUUCCUCCACCUGCAGUGCACUGAUCAUGAUAAAUGAAGUUACUCCACAUGUCUGUUAUUUGGAAAAAUCCCUGAUCAUUUCUGCUAUUUAGAGGGACUUUUUAAUGACUUGAGGGUGAACUGUGCGGAGGUGCAGUGGGAAAAUAAAGGUAAAAUAUUAGGAGUAGAAAGGUAAUAAUCUACUCUGUAAAUAACACGCCUGUCUGCCUGUGCACAUGGCUCUUGAUGGAAAUAAGAGCAGACACCCUGACAAGUUUGACUCACCCAAAGUGAGUAACGCUGUGACGUCAUGACAUUCGUAUUUGCACCACAAACGGACAAAAACUGUGACGACAGUGACAGUUUGAAGGGCAUUACUCUAGCCUGUGUCGUAGUUGAAUAUGGCUAUAAACAAGAAAAUACAGCAUUUUUUAGAGGAAAGUUUAAGUAUCUGAGUUUUGGCUGCAGCAAUUACUUUAAAGCUUCUGUUUCUCUUCACCAAGAUUAUUUCCUCACCUCUUACUUUAUGCAGCAUGUUUACCGACUUUACUUCUGCACUUCAACAUUGAAAUGAACUCUGAAUCUGGAAGUACAUAUUUAUCCCAGGAUUCUCCUGGUUGCUCAUUACUCUGUUGGAUGAAUUAACAUUUGCCUUUCUGUAUUUUUCUUCGUAUUAUUAUUCUAAAGGUGGUCGCUGCUUGGAAAGUACAUCAUCCGGUUCCUCGUCUCGCUCCCAGAGUCCUCUGUUGUUAAGCCCUGCAGGCUCCCAGAACAUGUUCAACAACAGUGGACCCCUGCUGCGUUCCCUGAGGUAAAACUCUAAAUAUCCACUUAAGUCCUUUUUUCAGCAUGGAUUCUGAAAUCUUUGACUGAUCCAGAUCAUUAAUGCUUCUCUGGCCCUCUCUUGGUACUGAUCAAAUUCAUGCAGAUGUCUGAGCAACUUAAAUACAGCGUAGUGCAUUGAUAGAUGCGACAACUGAUGUUCAAAGAUGGACUCUGUUGACCUCAAAUGGACAUCUGGAUUUGUAAAGGGUGUCUUGUUUUACCAUUAUUGAUCCUCGGGUAGAUUUGCCAUUUCUUCUUGACCUGCCUGGGUGUGUCCUCUUCUGCAGGUGACUCUGAGAUCAGUCUUUGUAUUGAUGAUUAAGCGAAGGAUGUGAAAGAGUUAAACUUCUGCAGAAUAGCUGCAUGCUUGUCUUCUAGUGGUGUGACCGACCAGCUUAACCGACCUCCUACUCUCAACUCUUCAUCACCAAAGUACACAGUUAUAUCUUUUCUAACACAGGGUUUUCCUUCAAUGUUUGAACAUCAUUUACUGCAGUAAGGUUUCAGCUCAAGACGUGUUGCUUUCACAAGAAUAGUUUAUUUUUUUCUUGAUGGCAUCAGAGAAAUGUUUAAUCUUGGUGAUACCAAAUCCUGCACUCUGGAUGACCUGCUGAAAGUCAAAGAUGACGGCUUUUGUCAGAAAAUCAACCACCGUUUCUCUCUUUUUUCCUGUUCUUCAGACAUUUUUUUAUCCCACUCUUCUCAAAGGUCACAUAGUAGGAGUUUGGAAAGCUGAACAAAAGGAUUUAAGAUCCUCAGAAGGAUAUAAUAAGCUAGACUUUAAAUUGAUAGGUCUUUUUUUUUCUUCAUUAUCGGGAUUUGCAGUUCUGGCCUCAGUGUGAACUUUCUUCUAACUGGGAUUUAGAUGCUGCUGAUUCAGAUGCUCUCUGUCUGAGGCGAAUCUCUGAUCAACAGCAGCUUGAACUGGAUCCUGCACACUAACAGGCGCAAAAAGUCUCACUCGUCCUGCUUUAUCUUCUUCAUCUUGACUAUAAACCUGCCGCUUUCUGGCCCUUUGACUUCAUAUUCAUUCAUGUCAUCUUGAUCACUUUCAUGACUUGUAGAAAGCUUUAUUUUGGCAUUUGAUGCAGAAAUCUUGGCCUCCAGUUCUAGCUAAUCUUUGAGAAUCUUCAAGCGUACUUUCUCCAUCUCAGUGUCCAGUUUUCUUUUAAUAGAUGCAGACUUUAUGAAAUAUCUGCAUCCAGCUUCAGACGUGUGGGACACUUGACGCUUGUGAUGAGCUGGCUCUCUUCUUUUUGGAUAUACCACUCAUGGCUUCUGAGUUUGGCUUUAUAUCAUCAACAUUAUCAUUGUUUUCAGUCUCCUCUCCUUCUGGACUCUUUUUUACUUUUUCAAUCCAGUCCUUAGUUUCUUUAAUGAAGUCUUCCACGUUUCAGAACAUACCAGUUAUGCUGACCCUCUUUCCAAUCUUCAUCUUUAAGAUAAGAUGUUUUUUUUUCUGCAGUGAGGUCUGCAAACUCUGCAGAAAACCUCUCUCAGAUAAAUAAUGCUACUUCUUCUACAGCACUGGCUUCAUCUUCCUUUAGGAUUUCCCUUUCUUUUUCUUUUCCUGGUGCGCUGAGCUGGCUCUCUAUUUCUCUGCUUUAAAGUAUCUUCAGUUUUUUUUACUCCACGGUCUUUUAAUCUGUCCACAUUCUCUGCAUUUUUAACGUGUUACGGUCUUUGAUUAAGUAUGACUCCAUCUUAUAACUCCUGUCUGGAUAAAUUGUGCUGAUGGCUUACUGACGACUUUUUACUAAAAUACUGAACAUGUAAGCUGAAGCACAGUUAUAGUCCAGACCAGCUUGCUGCUGUAGCUCCACAGAACCCAAAAAAAACAGCAUACACUGUCAGCGCUCUGUGCCCUUUGGCGAAUCAGCAGCCGAGGUUGACUGCAGCCUGGCAUAAUCAGAUCAAAAACAGAAGCACACAAAAAUAAAUACGACUCUCAUGAAUAGAUGGCUCUAAAACCCUUUUUUUGCUCUGUUUGAUCUGCGUGUGAUGUUCAUAGUCAUCCCGGUGAAGGAGUGAUUCAGCUUAUCUCAGUGGCACGAUCAAGCAGUUUUGGCAUCACCAUAGGCGGAGGCUCCAACAGGCCUGAUGGUCCUGCGAUCUUCAUCCAGGAGGUGUUGUCCGGGGGAGACUGUCACAGGGUAUGAACAAACUUAAGGUUAAAUCAAAACCUGCUGUUGUUGGAAAAAAAAAAAACAAUUUAGUAACUCCAGCAGCUUUCUUUGAGUUUGUAGUUAAAUAUGCAAUAAAAUCUGGUCCAUGGUCUUAAAGGGAUAUUCUGGCCUAAAAUUAAUUUAGGGUCAAUUCACCGUAACACUGAGUUAGACACUCCCUCGAGAGAUGAAUGUUGACAGCUUGCUUCUCUAGUUAUACCAACUUUAGUAACAACCGCACAAUAGCAAUACACAGCAGUCUGUACAAACCUCAACCAAAACACCACUCUAUAGCCACAAAUAACUGUAACAGUACAUAUAGGGGCCCAGCCAUAGUACUAACCACCAAACAUCUUUUUAGCUUUGCCUGAUUUCUUUAGCAAAGAGACUAAACACAACUCACCUACUCUCUUCCAGCAGCCGCUUGUUUGUAGCGAGACUUCAGACCAGUCCAUUUUGGACUACAGCAGGGUGACACAGCUCAAGGAAGAACAUUUAUGAUCAUUUUUCAUGAAAAUGCAAUCAGACCGCGACACUAAGACAGAAGAACUACCGCGUCUGCAGUGCAAAAUGAUUAAUAUGGUGAUUAUUACUUCAAGGAAAUGAUGAAGAAAUGAUCAUAAAUAUUCUUCCUUGAGCUGCGUCACCCCGCUGCAGUCCAUAAUGGACUGGUCUGAAGUCUCGCUACAAACAAGCAGCUGCUGGAAGAGAGUAGGUGAGUUGUGUUUAGUCUCUUUGCUAAAGAAAUUAGGCAAAGUUAAAAAGAUGUUUGGUGGCUAGUGCUGUGGCUAAGACCCUAUAUGUACUGUUGAUGAAGUUAGGUGCUGUUCUGAGCAUUAUUUGUGGCUAUAGAGUGGCGUUUCGGUUGAAGUGUGCGCAUGGCUCCUGAGACUGCUGUGUAUUGCUAUCGUGCGGUCGAUACUAAAGUUGGUAUAACUAGAGAUGUAAGCGGUUGGCAACAUUCAUCUCUUGAGGGGGUGUCUAACUCUGUGUGUUUGACUCUAACUUAAUUUUACGCCAGAAUAUCCCUUUAAGCUCAACAUAAUGCAAGUCUUUAUUCACUUCUUUUGAAGGAUGGACGUCUGAGGCCUGGAGAUCAGCUGAUUGCCAUUAACAAGGAGUCUUUAAUAGGUGUUACCCAUGAGGAGGCCAAAAGCAUGCUCAACAAAGCUAAAUCCAGGUAAGGUUGUGUCUGCAGAUUAAAAAACCGAAGGGCCUGAUUAACAAAAGGACUGCACAGCUUUUGCACCUGCUAAACCUAUGCUAAUAAGCCAAAGAGACUUUGUCGGCUAAACAGUGCAAGCCUGAAGGAUUAAACGCUCCACAAUCUGCACUUCAGAGCAAAUAGUGUCUCUGUGCACUCUCCUCGCCCUCUCCUGUUUGCACACAUUCAAAUGAGCAGUUUUCAGUUUACUCAGAGAUAAAGAUGCCCUUUUCAGCUCAAAUACGCCUCACUGCAAAAUACUCCUAAAUCACCAACACGAGCACUAACAGCCGGGCACAGUUAAUAUAAACUGGUAAGGGCUUUCCUUCUCCAGCUUCUCAUGUAUGGAUAAAGGAUUGAGUUUCAUCAGGAUGAGAGAAACUGAAACUGAAGAAAUGUAAAGUCUCUAAAUCAUAAAGCAUUCUCAAAAUGAAUUAGAGGUCAGUCCUCACCAUUUUCAUUCUCAUCUACAGCCAAGACAGUACCGUGGAAAUAGCCUUCAUUCCGGGAAAAGGACUUUUUCCCAGCAGCGCGUCUCUCCACAAUGGGGUCCACCGUGCUGGAGGGCACAACUCUGGGCGCUUAAAAGUCCACAUCAGAUCACCCGAGGUGAGCGUGCUUUGUUUCCACCAUCAAAACAUUCAACAAAGACUAGACCAGGUCUUUUCUUUGAGUCCAGAACACCAGUUAUUAGUAUUUACCUUCGAUUUAUUCCCUGGUGUUUUAGGAAAUACUCGUGUUAAAAACUAUAGGCUAAAACUUUACAAAACAAGACAGUUCUUUGCUCACAUACAGAGAGCGACUGUCCUCUGCCGUCAGUUUAUGAAUAUGUGUGUGUGAGUGUGUGUGUGUAUGUGGUUCAUGGAGACAUUACGCUGUAAAGACAAGACACGGAAGAACAGAAAAACUCUCCAGGCCAUAUAAGCGUGACUCAUCUUGAAUUUGCUUCCCCGGUAAAAAAGGAUCAAACUUCUCCGCCUCAGUUACCGACCUCCACUGCUUCUGUAUUUGCAUUUAUAUUUGAAGUGCAAACACCAAAAACAAAUCAAGUCGCUGCAAGAUCAGUGAUCCAAUCAGAGGACAGAGUAGUGAUGACAUCCUGGACUGAUGUAGAUGUUUUUAGGCAGGCAUCAUUACUCCAGCCUCUCUGCACUGUCCAAUAAAGUGAUUUUAUAACUCCCACAGAAAUAUCAGGUCUUAUUAACUUCAUUCUUUGUGGCCUCAAACUGAAAAACUAACGAGCUGACAUUCUUGAUGUAGUGUUUUUUUUUUUUAUCAAUUUUUCUCAUAUUUCUCAGAUUUGUACCGAGGAACCAGCCACAGUGUCUUCACCUUCUUCUGACAUCUGCCCACCAGAUAUCCACAUUACAGGUGAAAACCUCGCCAUACCAAUGUUUCUGUUAUUUAUGAUCAAACUUGUCUCUCUGUUUCUGCUGCUGAGACCUAAAAAGUGAAAAGUGUUUUCUUUAAUAGACUGGAGGUAAAGGUUGUGAUAAAAAGUAUUAAGCAAUAGUUUCUGAAAUGAAAGCAUGAGAAAAAAGGUAUGAACAAAAUGUGUAAACAAGUAAACACUGAAAUCAAGCGGACAAAGGUAUAGAAAUACAUGAAAUUCUGUACGUAAAAGAACCUUUUAAAGGGUUUUUAAAAGAAGUUUCCUGAUAAAAAAAAUUCAAAAGUCAGACAGAGCAGCAGCUUUAAUCUUCAGGGUCGUCCAGCCCGUCCAUAUCCUAUUUACCUGGAUUACCUGCGUCUGCUGUGACCGCUCGGCUCUAUAGGCUCCUGUAGAGGAGUUGCUAACCAGGGCAGAUGUCAGCAGUCUGUGGUACAGAGACCACAGACGAACACUGGCUCUGAAUAUUUCAGAACUCAACGGAAGUGACAACCAUUCAAGAAAUACUCUGAUCAGUUUUGAUGAUAUGAGGGCUGUAACUUUCAUAAUAGGAGCAUGAAGAGGUUGAUGCUUUCAGGUUUUUUCCAGAGGCUUAAGCUCCAUCAUAGAGACACCUAUUUGCCUCAGUAAGGUUGUAUCUGCAUUUUUAGUGUGUUUGGCUUUUUGGUGCCUCUUUCAAUUCAGUGGAUGAUAUUAUCAAAAGUAGCCAGAACUUCAACUUUCUGUCACUGAUCGUGUCAAAAAUGGAGCGUAAUGCUCUAAAUAUAAACAGUGAAAAAGCACAAAGGGAAUAAAAAUGCUCCAUAUAAACAUCAAAUCAAGACUGAGCCUGCAUCAAUGUGUCCUGAUUUAUUAGAAAAAGAUUUCUGGGCUCCUGAUUGGCUUCAGAUAGGACCUGACAAUGUCCCGUCCUGACAUCUGAUUGGCUCAAAGAUGGUCUUUCCUCAUAACUUAGGAGAUUUUUGCACUUUGAGGGAAAAGUCAGACUCAGGUUUUGAUAUGUAUGUUCAUCUUCUGCCAACUUGACCUUCUUCACACUAGCUCCCAUGAAGUUUCUGACCUUUAGGGUUGAAACUACAUGCAGAGGACUUUUGCAAAAGCUAGACGGGCCAUUUGGUUUGGCUGCAAGGUCACUGGUGGGGCUAAGGGGAAAAAGGGAGGUGCUAUUAUACCCCUCCUCUGCCCGUAAAGUAGAAACACGCCUCACAAGAAGAAAGGUUUAUCACCUAAGCUGCUGUCACAACACGAUACAAACCUUUUGGCUGGUAUAGGAGGGGAAGGUGGUCAGAGAUCAGUGUGAUAUUAGCCGAUGUGCAGACACACAAAUGUCCCUGUUGCCAAAGCUCGCAUACACUAAUCUGGGACAGUAAAACUCAUCAAAUUAAUAUCAGACUUUGACUUUGAGCUCUACCCUCACCACCACCACCACCCCUCACUCAUCCUUAUAAUCAUCCACCUUUCCUCUACUAGGCUAUUUUUUGAUCAUCUGCUUUACUGUCUCCCCCCAAACACUCUGACACACACUUUUACAUGUCUCUAUUAUCACAAAACUCACAUCCACCAAAUCCACAGACAAUCACUCUUUUACAGCACUCGUAUUACAGAUUAUCCAAUUUUUCCCGAGUUGUUACCGUGUGCACUGUGGCCUUGAAUUUGUUUCUCAGUGCAGAGGUCAAUAGCUCCAGAUUUGAUAUGGCUUACAAACUCUAUGUUUUGACAUUUUGAUAUCUUUUUUUCAAAGGAGUAAUUUCAUAACUUCCCUUUUUUUCUUUCUCUCAAGGUUCAACCAGCCAGAGGUCCCCAACAGAGGUCAAACCUAAAAUAACUCUGGAUCCCUACAUACGGCUCAAAUCGGACAAAUUAGACUUGGUGAGUCGCUUUUCAGGUCAGACUAUUUAUAGUCGAGUCAUGAUUCCAAAUACAUGCAAAAUAAAUGUCUGAACUUUGGUGUCGCUUAUUCGAGAAGUAGACUGAUAACUGUUCACUGAAGUUUCUGAUGUGGUUUGAAUGUUAACAGCACAAGAAUACAACAAUAUGAUGGUUGAUUAUCAUAAAAGCAAUGAGUAAAGUUGAAAAUUAAAAGUACAAUGAAAGUGUACUAAUCUAUAAAAAACAAUGGUUUAAACUCUCAACCCCCCAACAUUAGAUUUCGAUUCUGUAAAUCAAGUCUUCCUCCAGAAUCAUGUAAACUCUCAAAGGUAUUUAGUCUGGAGACUUAAAUCUGUCUAAGUCAUAAAUUGAUGAACCUCUUGUUUAAAACUGUUACUGUAAUCCUACAGGGUUUAGAGGUGAGAUAUUUAGUUUUCUGCACAUUUCAGCUCAAAAUUUUGCAAAUCGUAUUUUUAUCUUUUAUCAAGAAUUAGUAAGAUUUUACUCUUAGUAAGUUUUUGCAUCAAUAUUUUGUUGAAGUCUCCGUUCAUGUUGUCUAAUGUCCGAGUUUUUAGAGUCUGAAAGCUUGAUUCAAUAUAGGCAGCUAAUGAUGUCUCCUGACUGUUUUGACAAAGUGCUUAUAAGUCUAUCUGACCAUAUCAGGAGUCACUGAGCUCAGAAGUCUGGCCUCUCGGUCUGAACCAAUUAUAGUCCAUUACACAUCAAGAGGCAAGGACGUCUUUGAGCCAAUCAGACGCUUUCCUCUUAGACAAAAGAAAAUCUUUUUCUGAGAAGUCAGGACACAAGGUCAGGACUUGAUGUAGACUUCUGACCCGAUGAACACGUGUUUCAGGUUAAAGUAUUUCAGAGUGUAUAAAAGUGCAUUAAAAUGUUUCCAAUAAUGUGUUUUAAUUUGAGGGAAAUUUCUGAUUUAUUUCAACACAAAAUGUGCUUUAGAUUUUAAAAUGUUUCUGUUUCAAAACUAACUAUUCAACUAACAAGCAAGUUAGUUUUGUAGACAUGGAUACUUCACCUUCUUCCAUGUCUCUCUCUCCUUCCGUCACCUGGUACGUCAUGCUCAACAGUCUUUUGAAUUCAUACAUGACUAGAGGUGUUAAUGUCUCCUUUCCAACACAAUCUGAUUUAAUUUGCUGGCUGUGAUCAAACUCAGGAAAAAAUCAUCAAAAUUAAGAACAGCUGGGUCCAAUUUGAUUUGAUUCUUUUCAGGUUCAUUCAAAGCAAGUUUAUGAUUAAACUUUCAAAAUAAAAUGUCUUUAGGUUUAUUUUGCUUCCAAGCGUUUUAAAAAAUGUUAUUGGUGUGCUUAAACAUAUGAAGACACGUUUCAAUUAUCAGUUAUAAAACAGACUAUUAUCAACAGACUAUAAUCAAUGUGUUCGUACUCCAGAAACUUAUAAAAAAAAAUCUUUCCAGGAUUUUUAUCAGUAUUUUUGAUUCCUGUUUAUUGUUUUACUUGUAUUAAUAGAUUUAGCACAAAAAAAAACAAAGAACCAUGAGUUAUGAGAUAAUGUAUGAGAGCUGAGUUAAUCACAAGUGAGGAUGUUAUUGGGAGCCGCAGCUUAAUGAGUAACCGAUGACGAACAUUGACUGAGAAAUUUAGAGUACUUGUCUGAUUCGAUCAGCAGCGUAUGUAUUUGGUGUGGGUGUAAGGAGAGUGGACGGUUUGUUUGUAAGCCAAUCAGGGGCAGACACAUUGAAUAAGCCAAUUAGCCGUUAGUACGCUGUCUAAAGCCAAUAAACUGUCUGAAAAGCUCACUCUGAGCCUUUCACAAUCACGUUAAAAAUUUUCACAGACUAUCAGGAGCACCUACGUCACGUCAUGCCAAUCAGCAUCCUGUCGCAGGCAACGCACAGACAGCCUUUUCAGUUAGUCAUAAACCAGGACACUGAAACAGACGAUUGAGGCCAAACAUAACUUCUCAUAGUGGGUUAGGAGCCAAAACACAGAAAAAACAGGGAGUGGGGGCUGUUUGUUUUUUUCAAUUAAUAUAGAGUUCAAAUGAUUUGCAAACCACUUCAUGUUUUUGUUUACAAUUGAUAAAGUUUCCUAACUUUUUUGUAAUUGAGGACAAAGAGAGAAAUAAUUGUAACACUUUUUAUGACACCUACCUCUAUAACGCAUUAUUAAUAUAUGUAUAAUGUGUUAUAAUCAUGUUAUAACACUGUAUAAUAUAGUUAUAAACACUCAUAAAUGAUCAUAAUGCUUUAUAGCAAUUAUCAUAACACAUUAUAAAGCAUUUUAUCAUGAAUUACAAGGUCAGGUAUUAUAAUGUAUUAUAACUGUUAACAACUCACUGACAAUGCCCACAUAGAUAAUGCAAUACAACUGUUGUUAACAGUUAUAACACAUUAUAAUACCUGACCUUGUAAAUCAUGAUAAAAUACUUUUCACUGUGUUAUUAAUAUUGCCAUAAAGCAUUCUAAUCAUUUAUGAGUGUUUGUAAUUACAGUUAUACAGUGCUAUAACAUGAUUAUAGCACGUUUUAAAUAUAUUUAUAAUGCGUUUAGAGAUAGGCGUCGAAUAAAGUGUUACCGAAACUUCUCUUAAAAUCGCAGUUUGCUGACAGGGUGUGGUUUAUCAUCAUGCUGCAAGAGCGAUAUGCUAAAAUAAAUCCUGAGUUGCAGUUAUUUUUAUCCUUCUUUUGGUCUCUACCUGACAGGCUCUGUCCUUCCUGGGGUUGGAUGUCACAGAAGAGAAGAAGAAGAAGUUAAAACAAAGUCUGAACACAGACCCACAGGGCACUGUGGCGUAUGGAGGUGAGGCACUAGUACAGAAACACACACACAAAAAAAAAGACACACACUUCCACUUGCGUUAACAGCGAGGUGAAAUUUGUGUCUCUAAAUCGUGUCACUUCAGAGGCUACUGGUGACAGCUGGAUAUAAGUAACUGGUUGUGUCACCUGUGUUGUUGUGUCACAUUGCAUUACAGCAGGGAAGAUCUAUGUCUGUGUAUAUCUAUGUAGACAGUCCGAGCAACAUGACUCUGUUUCUUUAACCAGCAUUCACAGCUGAACCUGGUUAAGAAAUGAUGAUUUUAUAGUUUUUAGAUGAAGUUUCAUAAGUUUAUUCUUCAAAUAUAUCUCUACCAUCAAACUGCUCUUUAUGUCGCCAUGGUAACACUCCAAAUUUUUUCGACUUUUCUUGCCUUUUGUUAAGACUUCAUGGAUGCCACCCGGAACAUCUUGCAGGAAGACCUUGAGGAGCUCGGUUUAGGGGAGGGUCCCUUCAUGUUUUCGUAUCAUGAAGCUGCCAGUUUGAUGGACACGUCGGCUUUCCACUCUCCUGUAAGCAGUCUCAUCUUUAAACAUGUUUAGUUAAGACUCCCUUAAUUUCUCUGCUGGAACAAUAGAAACAUAUAAAAAGUCAUAACUGUGUGUGUGUGUGUGUGUGUGUGUGUGUGUGUGUGUGUGUGUGUGUGUAGACGUAUGAAUCAGAGUGCAGCUACAGCAGUGAGGAGAUGGAGCAGUUUCAAUCAGAGAUGAAGCAGCUGCACACCCAGAUGAAGCAGCUCAAGGUGAACAUAAACACUCACACGCACAUGAAUUUUCCUCCAUCGUAUAAUCAUUUAAUACUGAGUUCAACCUGACCCUCAUACAUAGCCAGAAAAUUGUUAACCAGCAGGAGAGGCUGAUAUGAAAAUUUAUGAACUUAAUUAAAGAAAACUUAAUAAUUAGCUGCGUUUACAUCGGCACAAAUAAUCGGAAUAAAUGCCCGAUCAGAAUAAAAAUGUAAACAUGUCGAAUAAAAGAUUCUGAUCAAAUUCGGCUCAAUCGGAAAGAAAUUGUACUUAGAACAAGAGGGGUGGUUUAUGCCGAUCGUUAUUCCGAAACGCGUCCAUGUAAACACUUAUUCCGAUCGUGACUCUCUUUCCUGACUCGAUCUUCACUCUUUAGCCUUUGGUUUAUUUAUUGAAGCCUUUUCAGGAGGUUUCAUUAUUCACACUCCGGCAUAAAACACUCCGGUAACAGGACAAGGCGUACAUACAGCGUAAUGAUGUCACAUCUAAACGCACAGUGCAACCUUUGACAGAACAGUAAAAUAAGUGAGCAAGGGCGCCAUCUAGUGACAACGUUUAACAGGGGGAAAACUCCUGAAUUUGAUGGUGUGAGCCACAAUUGCGUUUGUUGGUUUGUUGACAGCACAGACAUGAAUACAACUCUACGCAUGUCCAAAUGCCUCUAAUCUGAAUAAAGCUUGGUGCAUGUAUACGCACAUCGUGAUCGGAUCAUUUGAUUUUGCACCCAAACAAACGGCGGAUUCAGGUUUUCCAAUUCCUCAAAUUUUUAAUCAGAUCAGGAAAUUUUGCCCAUGUAAACAUGUCUAUGAAAAGCUUUCUCUGGCUCCUGGUUGAGACUGCCAAAAUCUACUUAAACAAGCUUAUUGUCUAUUAUGUACUGUACCACGGUUUGGUGACUUUAGUGCUUGUGAAGUCCUGCUAGUCUUCAUCUGCUGCCUCUCUUGGCAGGUGAUGCUGAAGGACAUGGAACACAGUAAGAAAACCCUGGAGGACGAGCUGCAGAAAACGUCUGAGGUGAGCGGCCGAUCCAAACAGUGUGAAGAAACAUACAGAUAGAUGAUAACAGAUCCACUGUCCUCUAAACCUUUUGUUUAGAGGGCCCAAAGUGCGACCAGGUGCUGAGGUGUUGAACUAAGAUUUGUAUUCUUGCAUUUUUUUAGAAAGCAUGUUUGACUGUCGAGGAGAACAACCGUCUAAAGGUCCGUCUCCAGGCAGCGGAGGCGGAGACAGGGCAGCGCCAGGCCAGCAGUGCGGAGCAGGACUACGAGGAGGUCAUUCAGCUGCUAGAGGCUGAGAUCAGAGACCUGAAGAACCAGCUGGCUGGCAAGAGGCAAGGACAAGGAGUGGAGGCCACAAAGGUUAGAUUCAAUCAGAUGUUUUCAAUUAAAAGAGGAGAGGUGCCUGUCUGGCCUUGUGUUUAAACUAUCCAUCCUUAGAGGUAUAGAGGCUGUCGUCCUCUCUUUUGGGGUUAGAGCAUGCGUUUGACUUCCUGUGAAAGAAAAAAAGCAGCAGGCCCAGUUUCUCUCCUCUGUGCUCUUGCCAUCCUCUGUCAUGAGCUGGAAACCCUGCAGCCCUGCCAGCGUACCGCCUGCUUCUCCUGCCUGAUCAGUGUGGAACACAUCAAGCCGCUCUUCCAGCAGCCCCUGCAGACUCAGCCACAGAGUUCAGCCUCUGUUUUCAACAGCAGGAUAGAGGACUUUGUUUUACUCAGACUCUUGUAGUAUUUGAUCUCAAGUAAUAACUCCUCUGAACUCACAGUUCACUGGUACACCACCCUACGAUUAUAAGCCAUGACAUCCUUAAAAAAACACAAAUGUGAACAGUUUAGAUGAUCUCCUUUCUUCAUUCAUGUUUACUUCCCCCUCCUUUAUAUCUCUCCAUGUCAAUCAAUCAAUCAAUCAAUCAAUCAAUCAAUCAACCAACCAUUGUGCACAUACCUACAUUAAUUGUUGAUUGGUUGUGUUAUUCCAUCUUUUUAGGAGGAGGUGAUGGAGCUGAACAGGAGGCUGACAAACAUCGACUGCCAACUGAGGAAGUCAGAGCUGAGCAGGAAGCACUUAGAGAUCUCCAACAAGAAGCUGCUGGGCUUUGCUCAGGUACCGCUCAGAAGAUGUUUGUCUACCCACUUACUUAAUCAAUGCAUUCAUUCAGAAAAAACAGGGAUGAGAAAAACUUCAUUUCUGUGGAUUAGCUUUUUUAUAAUCAAAUGCAGAGCAGCAUCUUUAAGGCAGGUAUCAAGUAUUGAGUCAUAGUUUACUGAAUCCUGGAUGCCUGCGUUAAAUGUUAUGUCAAAUAAGAGUAAAUAUUUACCAAUAAGGCCUGUUAGAUCAUCUACAUUUGAUCUGAUACCACACUAACAUACAACAUGAACCAAUAAACAAACACACUUCCAAAUAUCCUCAUAUGUCACUGGUCUCUUUAGCUGGAUUAUAGAGCUGGUCUGCCCUCUUGUGGCCAAGGGAGUCCCUCUACAUUUUUCAUAAUAGGCCAGGUAGCUUGUCUUCUCUCCCCUACCCGAGAAAUAUUAACAUUUUCCAUUUAAAGAAGUAUUUCAUAUGCAGAGGAGAAUUUAAAUUCAUAGUAGGUCGUAUUGGUUUAAGUAUUUGUGUAUUUUGUCAGAAGGACUCUGUCAGUCAUUUAUUUUCUAGUCUGACACAUGCUGUCUUGCAGGGUUACAAACAUUAAAAAUCAUAGUUGAAAUUCUCAAACUUCGUUGAUAGUCUUGUUUGCAUUUGUAGGUCAUAAAGAUGCAUCACGGUUCAUUUCAGUCUGUUUCAUAACCAGGUAAAAACUGGAGUUAAAUAUCAUUUAAUCUUUGUGUUUCUAGAACGUCCACAAAGUGCUGACAACGCCCAGCCUGUUUGGAGAAGACGGGUAAGAGAUUCAGAGUAUCUAGAAGUCAACAUCCCAUCUUUAGACAUUGACUCUGUUGUUGCUGCUUCUUCUUCUUUACACAACAUGUUCUUUGUAUCAGGAGCAACAGGUCGUCCCCAGGCACCGACAGUCCUGACACCUCGUCACCACUUCCUGAUCGAGCCUUACAGCUGGCUGUGGAGGCCAAAGAGCUGAUGGUUGGAACUGGUUCCCACACCGCUGGUAAUGUUAACAUUAUUGAUGUUUGUGGGUUGCUUAGAAAUACAGCAGAUUUUAUCUAAAGCUCAUUAUGUUAGCUUGGAUUAAAGCUUUGACCUAAUAAAGCCCAGCUGGUAAAAGCUUCUAAAUAAAAGUCAGACUUUGCCUGGAGUUUGGUGCAAUUCCGUCCACCAGUUUUACCAUAACCAGCAUGUCUUAGCUUAACAUUUGAACACUUGGGUCAAAAAGGUCUAAAAUCUAAAGUGGAGACAUCAGACAAGUGUCCUAAAAUGGCUAAAUAGUGAUAUUAUUAUCCACUUUCACUGCAUCUCAUAGUUCUGUUGUCUUUAGUUUUGUUCAUAAAUUAUAAAUAAUGCAAACUAGAAUCCUGACAGGGUGAGCCAAGCACCAAAUAUGGGGUGGAGUGGUCUUGUUCCUUUAUGGUGAGAUUGUAUUUCUUCUCACUGAUUGUCUGACUGAUCCUUGUGGCUCAUAUGGAAUAAUUUCAGUCAGUCUCAUAAACAGCAAAAAGGAACUUUAAAAACAAAUAGAGCUUUUGCAAAAUGAGCUAGAACAUAAUCACACCCACAAAUAACAUGUCAUAUACUAUUUGGAAGGAAAUGCCCCCCAAAAAAUUGGCAAAUUUGUAAAAAAAAAUUUUAAAAACUUAUGGGUCCUUAAGGCUUUAAAAUUCAUGUAGUUUAUAGGGUUUAAACACAUUUGGAGUGUAAGAGUCCUUUUUCUUUCAAGGUUGGCGUUUCUACUACCCAAUCUGUUCAAACUGCAACAGUUCCUGACCUUUUUAGUUUACUUCAUAAUUUUUUAAUUUCAUGUGAUAUUAAAUAAUAAUAAUGAUGGUUGCUUCAUACUAAAUCCUGUUUCUGUCUUACUGUUCACCUGCAGCAACAGUGACGGCGACGGAGGCAGCAGCAGCUCCAGGUGUGAGUCCUCACCAUGGAUGAGCAGAGCUCCUGGACAAGCUCAAAGUCAAACAAUCAAACCCAUAACGGACUUCUCUAAAGUCAUCAUAAAAGACCCCAUACAUUAUACUUUCUCUACAUGUGGAUGAUGAAUCGAUUACCCUUCAACAAAUUGUAAACAACAACACAGCCAGUGUUUUUAUGCCAAAGGUAGCUCCAAACAACCUCUCGAGAGGGAGGCGGGGGAAAGUUUCAGACGCAGUCAUGACCUGAGGAUUCUCAGCCAUGAUGAUAACAUACUGUUUGUACAGAGGUCGCUAUAAAAACCCAUCAAUCUGUCCUGACAUCUUACAGCUACAACUUCUUAUCCCUUGCAGGAUUGUAAAGGGGUGGAGUUGAUUCCAGCGAGAAGCAAGAUACAAUCUAGACGGGUCAUCAAUCAGUCCCGAGGCUCACAUAUACACACACAAACAGACACCCAUUCAUGGUCAAAGGGACACCUUCAGGCAGUUCAGGAUCUUUAUUUAAUUCACCUGCAUGUCUCUGAAUCCUAGAGAGUAAACUGAGGACAGCAGUACAAGACCUUGACUUUGACGUUGUACUUCUUCCCUCUGGAAGAAGUUUUGACACAAAGAAAACAAUCAAUCGAGUUCUCCAACUUGAUUCCUUGAAAUCGAUCAUCCAGAGACGGCCAGUUUAACAACUCACUACCAUCUCUCUCCAUCACAUGACUUACUUAUUUGCGUCGCCACAGAGGUAAACGAUUGAGUGAAAAAUAACAGAAGGAAAAAAAAAAUAAGCAAGUGUCCCUUUGGCCCGGUUUGCCAACUCAUCCUGUGCCCAUAUUAUUGAUUACAGGCAGAGAGUGUUAGGAGCAGAUGGGCCUGAGCAGCAGUGUCUCUCAUCUCUCGCUUUGUUUCACUGCAUGGUUCAUGUUGAUAUUCGUCCUACUUCCAUGGGGUUAUGUGUCGCUGUGGCCCCAGCUGUUUUAUCUUGUGUUUGGUAGUCACAGAGUCUAAGAAGAAAUCGGUAACUCCAGACGACACGUGAAGCAUACAUUUUAUUUAUAUCGACAGCUGCAAUUGCUUUUGAAAAUGCCGACCUGUCCUGUUCUUUAAGAUUUAUCUAAAAUGUUGCCUCAUAUCUGUCUUGUUUCAUUUUUGUAUUAAAGGAAUAAUUGAUGAGCGAACUGUUCCAGCUGUUUGAUAUUUCACUUCAAACACCAACACUGCGUUUUCUGCGGGGUAACAAAGCA